AUGGCGAUCACUACUAUUACCACUACCACUACCAAUCCAUGCCAACACUACAAUAGAUUCGAAGAAGCAAAAAAGUUAGAUGAAUCAAAAACCAGAGUCAAAGGCCUCGUUGAUUCAGGCCUCACCACUAUCCCUCACAUCUUACACCACCCACCUCAAAACUCACCCAACCCAAAACCCUCAACUCGAAACCCCAAACUAUCACUCCCCAUUGUCGACCUCUCUAGCACCCGGUCAACAGUGGUUGACCAGAUCCGUCACGCUGCCUCAACCAUUGGGUUCUUCCAAAUUAUCAACCAUGACAUACCAAAAAUUGUCAUGGACCUUAUGCUCUCAUCUAUCAAGUCUUUCCAUGAAUUACCAGACACCACUAGGAUGCAAUGUUAUGGUAGAGACAUGUCUCAUGGUGUUGCGUACUAUACUAACGUUGAUUUGUACAAGUGCAAGGAAGCUAAUUGGAGGGAUUCACUGGAGCCGGAGUUGACAGUGGGUCUCAAGUGGCAUACGGAUCCGGUGGGGUUGACGGUGUUGUUGGUGAAUGAGGUUAGGGGGUUGCAAGUGAAACAUGUUGAGGAUUGGAUUGAUGUGAAGCCUGACCCUAGUGGUCUCAUUGUCAACAUUGGUGAUAUUCUUCAGGAAGCCACAUGUGAUUUUGAAGAAACUAUGAUAUCCAACGAUGAAUAUAAAAGUGUGGAACAUCGAGUGUUGGCGAACCCCUCUCGUGAGCCACGAGUUUCAAUUCCAGUUUUCUUCACUUCAAGAAUGACAGAGAACAUGUACGGACCAUUAUCAGAAGUAGUGUCUCCAGAGAAGCCGGCGGCUUAUCGUCAAUUCACAAUCUCAAAUUUUAUGGAAAAAUACUACUCGGAGGAGUUGCGUGGCAAGUCUGUGAUGAAUGCAUACAAAGUCUCCAACAUAUAA